AUGACGUUAAUUGUUAUUUGUUAAUCUUAAAUACGUUAUUGGUUAUUACUUAUUAUUAUUUAUAGUAUGUUGGUUAUUGCUUUAUUAGCUAUUUAUUGAACUGAUGAAUUGCACACAAAUCGGUGGCAAAGCGACCCAAAAAAACCUAUCGUGGUCCGGUGGAAACGCACCGCCGACGUCGUCUUAUCUAUAUUUUAUGGGCGAGACGGUCGUCGGUUACGACCUCGGAUCUACUAUAGCUUACUUGGGGGAUUUUUUUUUUCACGUCGAUCGACCGAAAACAGCUCAGCGUUCGAUUAGGGGGCCCCCGCGAUCGCGUGUUAUGGAUCCGUCGUUGGUCGUUGGCCUUUGUCGUCCGUAACCGUCGGUCUUCACCUCCUUCUCCGCCGCCUCGACGACCGUCCUACUACUCCACCGCCUCCUACUCAGUCGCCUUGCGAGUCGUCGUCCUCCGCCGGUAGUCGCCGCGCGCAUAUGUCGGCCGUCGCCACUCGCCGCCGCUAGUGGUUAUCAGUCGUCGUCCGGUGUAACGGUUUUGCGCACAACACGGCUGGUGCGGCCGUUCGCGUGACGUUUCCCCUCGAUGAUCGUCCCGAUCUUAUUUUAUUAUUGUUAUUACAUAUUUUUACGGUUUAUCGCGUGUCCUACGAAAUACGUUUAAAAAAUAAAAAAAAAACACAAUUAUAUCUAAACAUAUCGUCCGUCCGUCCGCCGCCAAUAGUAAAUGCUAUCGUUGUACAAUAUUGUUAAUACUUAAUCGUUGGUCGUUACGCGUAUCGCGCCUUUGUAUCGUUAUCGUUCUCCUCCCACCCUCCCCCCACACACAUACGCUACACGGGGCCCCCGACUCGGUCGUCGUGCCCGCGCCUUUUGGUCGUCGUCCGGAAAGUCUACGACGUCAACAUGCAAGUGGAAGAAGCGUUAUUCGACGGCGUCAACUUGAAGUUGGCCAUGGACAUCAAGAUCAAACGAACCGAUGGUCGCAUCCAUAAGGCAGUUGUGUCUAGGAUGAAUCCAGAUACUAGAAGCAUUUCAGUAGAGUGGUUAGAAAAUGGUGAAACUAAAGGCAAAGAAAUUGAUUUAGAUGGAAUCUUGGAACUGAAUCCUCAAUUACGUUCAAAUAUUCCCAGUAUUACUAUGGUUGCUCAAAACGGUACUAAUAUACCAACAACUAGCAAGUUAGCAAGGUAUUCCACAAAAGCCUCAAUACAAGCAUUUACAAAUAAUAAAGGUUCAUAUAAAGGAACAAAACCAGUUAGUAGGCAGACCAAUCAUUAUUCACCUGCAGUGAAUGGCACUGGAGAAGUUUUAUCAACAACUGUUCCAUGUACACCUUUAAAUCCUCCAACCCAGUAUCAACAAAUUCCCGUGUUAAAACCAGCUGAUCCGCCACCUCAAACACAACAACUAACUCACUUGUAUAGCAAUAAUACGGCAGGAGCAAUCCGGGGCUCAAAUACUGCUGCAGUAGGAGCAGCUGCAGCUGCUGCUGCUGCCGCAGCCGCUGCAGCAGCCAAAGACAGGCGGAGUAAUGUUGUUAAGGAGGUUGCUAAAUUGAAAAAAAACCGAGAAGAAAGGCGACAACGUCAAGCUGAAUUAAAAGAAGAAAAAGAAGCGUUAAUGAACAUGGACCCUGGUAAUCCAAAUUGGGAGUUUCUUGCUAUGAUUAGAGAUUAUCAAUCUAAUUUAGAUUUUAAACCUUUGAGAGACUCUGAAGUAGUUGAAGAUCAUCAAAUUACUGUUUGUGUCAGAAAAAGGCCGCUCAAUAAAAAAGAAUUCAAUCGAAAAGAAGUUGAUGUUGUUGCAAUCCCAUCUAAAAAUCAAGUUAUUGUUCAUGAACCUAAAAACAAAGUAGAUCUUACAAAAUAUUUAGAAAACCAGCAUUUCCGAUUUGAUUAUGCCUUUGAUGAGACUUGCACCAAUGAGACAGUUUAUAAAUAUUCUGCAAGACCUCUUGUAAAGACUAUAUUCGAUGGUGGCAUGGCCACAUGCUUUGCUUACGGACAAACUGGCAGUGGUAAGACUCACACUAUGGGUGGGGAUUUCCAUGGAAAAACACAAGACUGUAAAAAAGGCAUUUAUGCAAUGGCUGCUAAGGAUGUUUUUCGUUUUUUGAAUUCGCCUAGUUAUUCGCCAUUAAAUCUGGUUGUUACUGCUAGCUUUUUUGAAAUUUACAGUGGCAAGGUGUUUGACUUGCUGGGUGAUAAAGCCAAGUUAAGAGUACUCGAAGACGGCAUGCAAAAAGUACAAGUAGUUGGUCUUACUGAAAAAGUAGUCACUACAGUAGAUGAAGUAUUGAAAAUAAUUAAUGACGGUAACAGUGCUAGAACUUCAGGUCAGACAUCAGCCAAUAGUAACUCAUCAAGGUCUCAUGCUGUUUUUCAAAUUGUAUUACGUAUCCCGGGUUUAAAUCAAAUACAUGGAAAAUUUUCAUUAAUAGAUUUAGCUGGAAACGAAAGAGGUGCAGAUACAUCUUCAGCCAACCGACAAACACGAAUGGAAGGUGCAGAAAUAAAUAAAUCUCUACUUGCACUAAAAGAGUGCAUUCGUGCUCUAGGGAAGAAAGGUUCUCAUUUACCUUUUAGAGCAAGUAAAUUAACACAAGUACUUAAAGAUUCCUUUGUUGGUGAAAAUACUAGGACCUGUAUGAUUGCAAUGAUUAGUCCAGGACUAAGCUCAUGUGAACACUCUCUGAACACGCUCCGUUAUGCUGACCGUGUUAAAGAAUUGGACGCAUCAGAUCCUGCUGCUGGAGAAGUUCAUGCGCCUAUGUAUUCUCCACCACCAAGUCGUUCUCCGAAUAUAUCUCGUAACUUACAAGAUGUGAGUAUGGUUGAUGACGAUUUAGCAGCACUAAGAUCACUUAAUGAAGGAGAAUUGUCUGCCGACUUGUACAAUUUCCACGAAGCUGUUUCCCAACUGCAAGAACAAGAAGAUGAAAUGCUAGAUAAACACAAGUCGUUACUAGAAUCUGGACAGAAAUGGUUACAAAAAGACAAACAGUUGUUGGCCAUGACUAAAAACGUUGACUACGAUCAAGAUGCGUAUUCAUUGCAGCUGCUCAAUUUGCUUCAAACCAAAUUAGCUGCCACUCAAGAUCUAGUUGAAACUGUGCUUGCAUUCAGAAAACAGUUGACAACUGAAGAACAAUUCAGUCAGAAUAUAAUUAGAGGCGGCCACCGUUAGAGACAACAUUUUUUAUUAUUGUCUUCUAUGUGUAAUUGUUAAGUCUUUGUUUUUGUAAUAAAAAAAAUAUGAUUGAGUAGAAACAUGUGAGAACAUUUCUAUCUUUGUCAUAGAGAUACUACUGAUUUUAUGUGAUUUUUUUCGGUGAUGCUACUAUUAAUGGCCAACAAACAUUUAUGAACACUGACAGUGUUUGUUGGUUUUUACCUACUUAAUAAUUUACUACAUCGCUUUAAUUAAGUUUUUAACCUCAAAGAACUAAACCCUUAUUAUUGUUACGAGCAUUAUAAAUUUGUACUUCUAACUUUAAAUAUCUUUAGUUAUAUAUAUUUUUAAUUAUAUGUAUUUUUUCUUUUAACAAGCAUUUAUUCGUAUUUUUUUAUUUUUACUAUAAAUUCACAUAUUAAUUUAAUGUCUUACUUCAUAGCAGUUAUUUAAUUAAAUUGUUUUCUAAUAAAAGCAUGUUGUAGGAAAUAGCAAAAAAAAAUUUCAAGAUAAUAUCAAACUUUUGAAUACCUAUUUUUGUAAAAUAUAAAACAAUAAUAUAACGUUACAAUAAUAUUUAAUUAAACUAAGAAAAUUAUUAUUACGUUUAUGUGCAAAUAGUUGUUCAGGCUUUACAAUGUUGGAAUAAGUACCUAUUUUUUAACAUUCAUUUUUUGUAAGUCCUAUGUUUCAUUGAUUAUUAAUGAUUAGAGUAUAAUUUUUUUAAAACAAAACUAUUUUCUUUUUAUUUGUGUUUGUUAUUCUAAUAUGCCCUAUUUUCUAGGGACGUGUUCAGUGUUAACCCCACGGUUUAAGGCUAUUACGCAAUGUGCCUUUUACUGUUUUGAGUUUACUAUUACUAUGUAAAUAACUAUAUUUAAACGAUACUCAUUGAUUUACAAGAAUAUAUUAUGUGUUAAAUUGUUUUUUUUACAAA